UGAUAUUCCUGAGGGACUGCGAGCAGGCAUGGAGCCAGAGCUUCGACGGGUGGGACCCCGAUGUCCCGGACUGCCUGGCGACAGAGCUGGUGGAUUGCCGAGGAGGCGACGGCAUGAUCUCCAGCAUGAUGGUCGUCAAAAAGUAUCUGCCGGGCCCUCUUCCCAACUCAAUCAGCAACCUUUGGCAUCGCACUUACCUUUCCCUGCAAUACACCACCAUCAAUGGGUCCCUACCGUCCGGGCUCGGAGCACUUUCUUAUCUGCGGGUGCU